AUGGAGUACGGUGAACGCGGCAAUUCGCCUUUGGCGUUGGUUUUGGCGAGUCAAGGGCGGAACCUAUUACAAGAAUACUACGAAGGUGGGGAUCCAGCCUGCCUCGACGAAUCGAUCGAUUGUGCACGACAGGCGUUGGACAAUUCAACUCUCCCAGAACGUGCAAUCUAUCUUAAUGACCUAGGCUGUCGCCUUCGCGAACGAUACGACGCAACCGAAGAGAUACAUGAUAUUUCAGAAGCGAUUGAUCUAUUAGAGGAUGCAUCCCAGGCCAUCCACGACCGUACAAAGCGCGUAUUGAUCCUUAAUAACCUUGCCACGUUCCUAGGCGACCGCUUUGAGAUACGCGAAGAUGUACGUGAUUUAGAGCGAGCCAUUGCGGUCGGGCAGGACGCACUGAGCGCGAGUAGCUCAAGCCAAGGAUUACAGGCCAUGUGCCUAAACACUUUGAGCCUGGUUCAUGGCUAUCGUUAUAGAAAGCUAGCCUCCCUGGACGAUUUACAGACUGCGACGCAGAUGGGGCAACGGGCCCUGGAUCUCACACCCGCAGGCCACCCUGACAGAAUGAUGUAUUUGGGAAACUUGGGUGUUUGCUACGAGCGCCAAUUUGAUAGAUUGCAACGUCCAGCCGAUAUUGAAAGGGCUAUAGAUUGCGCAACGGAAACAGUCGCCUUAAGUGACAAUGCAAUGGACAGUGUGCCCUAUCUCACGAAUCUCAGCAAUUCGCUCGCAAGUCGAUUCCUGCUUACGGCGGAUCCUCAGGAUUUGGAAAAUGCGAUAGUUCACGCGAAAGAAGCUAUACAAUUGACUCCACCGGAAUAUCCAAAAUACUCUGAAUUGCUCCACAACCUCAGCCUUCAUCUUGGGGACCGCUUCCGGCGAUAUGGAGACGUGGCCGAUCUAGAUGAGGCUAUCAAGUUCCAAGAGGAUGCCAUUGCCGCCGGUGACUUAGAUAACCCUAGGUUGGUCACGUAUCAGGACCAACUUGGUGUCCUUUUGUGUCUCAGAUAUGAUCGCAAUGACGACGUAAGCAUCCUAGAGAAUGCAAUUGAGCUGGCACAAGAUGUCUUGCACUCCACCGGCAAUGAAACUGUUCCCGACCAGGCACAGUAUCUGUCACAUAUGGCCGCAUGCAUGGGUCGCCGGUUCGAGCGAACGGGGAAUGUAGCUGAUCUGGAACGAGCCAUUCAUCUCGAAGAACAGGCCAUAGAAAUUAUUCCACACGACGAUCCACACAGAAUGGAACUCCUCUUGGAUCUGAGUGAUGAUUACCAUAACAGGUCUGUAAAGCUAGGCUCAACGGAAGAUCGCAAAAAGGCGAUCGAAACGAUGCAGAUGGCUCUAAUUGCUGGCGUAUCCUAUCACUCGCAUCGAUCAAGCCAACUAUGUAGAAUCAGCCAGCGGUUUAAAGAUCGAUAUGAAAGUACAAGAGACGAAGCUGAUAUCACAGAAUCGAUGAAACUGGCUCGCAAAGCGGUUGAACUUGUUCCUCCAGAUCACCCCAGACGCCCAUACUACCUCCAUUGCUUGAGCCUUACACUAGAAACACGUUUUCUAGUUCUCGGGUCAUUGCCAGAUCUAGAAACCUCUAUACAAAAGAGUGAAGAAGCACUUGCUGCGAACCCCCAUAAUCGGCAUGACUACCUCUACGCCUUGAGUAUUCAGUUGACAUGUCGAUACGAACAGCUUGGUGCUCUAGUCGACCUACAAGAAGCUAUUCGUUUCAUGCAGGAUUGUAUAAAGGGUGUUCCAUCAAAUUAUGCACAUCGUAUUGUGUGCUUGAAAGCCCUAAGCGACCAGCUUGGCUCUCUUUACGUGAGGAACCACAAUCUGGAAACCUUGAAUGAGGCGGUAGACGCCGCAAAUAAAGCAGCGGCGCUUGUUCCCAAAGACGACAUGAUGCGUCCAAGCAUCCUCAACAGUCUUCAUUUGCUUCUCGUAUCUCGCUCUAAGGCAACCAAUACGCCAGCUGACCUAGUAGCGGCAAUUAAAGUUCAACGCGAGGCCCUCGAUGCUCCCGAUACCCUUAGCGACCGAACCAUUCUGCUUCAUAACCUCAGCCAGACCUUAGCUUACACCCAGAAAGAAAGUGAACAAUCUGUACCAAGAGAGGCCGUCGAACUAAGUUGGGAAACUGUCAAUACAGCUGUAAAAUCCCACCCGAAUCGAGCAAUGUACCUGAAUACAUUUGGUACGUUCUUAAAGGAGGGCUACGGGCACUCCAGGAAAUUGAUUCAUGAGAACCAAAAACCACAAGAUUUGUUCCAAGAAGGCCUCCGUAGUGCCAACUCUCCCCCUCUUGAUCGUAUCAAAGCUGGGCAGAACGCCUUUGACUGCUAUAUCGCAGACGGGCAGUGGGCCAACGCUGUUCUAGUGGCGACGGAAGUUGUGAGGCUUUUCCCUCUCUUGGUGCCACGGUGGCUGAGCCGAGAUGACCAGCAAUAUCUGCUGAAAAAUAUAUCCCAUUUCACAUCUCGCGCCGCAUCUGUUGUACUUCAGGCAAAUGGGUCUCCUGCAGAGGCUAUUAAUGUACUGGAAGCAGGGAGAGGAGUGAUAGCUCGCUUCACAACAGAUCUCAAGACUGACAUAUCGAAACUCGAGAAAUUGCAUCCCGCAUUGCAUGCCGAGUAUAUCGGGCUUCGUCGGCAAAUCUUACUUCCCCCUUCGCCAAUACUCUCAUGGGAAGCGGAGCCCACCAAGGCUACUAUAAUAACGAGACGCCACAGAGACCAAGAAUCACGCACUUCCCAAAUUAUCACUACCGGACGUCAAAGGGCAGAGAUCCUACGGAAGCUCGAAGAGAUUGAGAAGAAUGUCCGUGAGCUUCCGGAGUUUGAGCAGUUUAUGAAGCCUCUUUCGCCGGCAGACCACAUGUCACUUGCCAGGCUUGGGCCGAUCAUAGCAUUUAAUGUUACAGAGCUACGGAGUGAUGCGAUCAUUGUGACUGAAAGUGGUAUCGACUGUAUUCGCCUUGAGCGGCUUCAAUUCCAGGAUUUGAAAGCCAACGUGAACAAAGUAGUUGGGGAGAACCAGCUCUCUAAGGGCCCGCCCAGUGAAAGACCCCGGCGAAAUGAAGAGCUCCAGCGCAUAUUGAACUGGCUGUGGGAGACCGCCUUACACCCAGUACUUACUAAACUGCGCCUGUAUAGCAACGCACCACCGGGUCCGCUAUCGCGUGUCUGGUGGGUUGCAAGCGGCUACAUGGGUCUACUUCCGCUACACGCAGCUGGAGAUGGUAAUACCUCUACGAUGGACUACGUCAUCUCAAGUUAUACUCCUACACUUCAGGUGCUGAAGUUCUCCCGGGAAAGAGAUAGCUUGCUAAAUUGUGAUCCCGAGCUAAGGAUGCUUCUCAUUACUGCACCAGACAAACCCGGGCGUGGAGGUCUAGACACAGAGACCGAAAUAAAAUCGAUUCAGAAGAGUUUCAGGCGUAACAUAUCCUAUACGCUGCUCAAUAACCCGUCGAACGAAGAUGUUUUGCGGGAGCUGUCCGAACACCACCUGAUUCAUUUUUCAUGCCAUGGUUAUUCGAAUGCGACUGACCCGUCAGAGAGCGCUCUUGAGAUUGCUUACGCAGCGGGAUCCAGAUCAGGCUCGCUACUCACCGUGAGGGAUAUAGCUACUAUUGACCAUGCCAAAGCUCAAAUUGCAUAUCUUUCUGCAUGUUCCACGGCCGAAAAUUCAUCCGAUGAGCUCCUAGACGAGGUUAUACAUAUUGCUGGUGCUUUCCAGCUUAUUGGGUUCCCCCAUGUUUUGGGGACGCUUUGGGAGGUUAGCGAUAGAGCUGCUGUUGAAGUGAGUAGGCUAUUUUACGAGGCACUCAGCGACCAGGUAAGCAGUGGCAGCCCUUCUCAUGGAAACAUCGCAAGCACCCUGCAUGAGGCUCUACGGACAUACAGGAAAAGCAAAAAGGCGAGGGAGAGAGAUGUUUUGUCUUGGGCCCCGUUCAUAUAUAUGGGCGCAUGA